AUAGAAUAAAAGUAAUGUAUCUGUAUAUAUUUUUUAUUGGAUAAAAUGUUGUAUAAUUAAAAACAAACAUCAUAUAAUAAUGGAAAUUUUACGUAAAGUUCUAUCAAAAUGAAAAGAAACAUGAAAUUUUACGCUAGCAUGUUGUCGGUUUAAUUCUGUCUUUGGUGAAUUUGGGUAAAGUUGUACACAGUCACGUGAUACAUCAUGGCGGGCUACCAGGGAACUCAUAGAUAAUGCUCUCGUAUUUGACGUUUAUGUCAUUUUUUCCGUUAAUCUUGGAUAUUAUUUAUAUUGAACUUUAUUUUCGCCAAAAUGAAGUUAUGCCUUUAAAUAUUGAAUUUAUAUCUUCAUUAUGAAUAAGAAUAUGAAUGCUGAAAACUUAUCAUAUUUAAGCUAUGAAAUAAAUGGUACUCGAUUUAUUGUACAAACUCUAUCUAAUUCAAUGGAUAUAACAAAGGUUGAAGGUACUAACGAUGAACAAGGUACAGGGAAUAUAAGCGAUGAAACAUCAUUUGGCAAAGAAGAAGAACCAAUUUCUUUGAUUUCUGUAGAUGGCCAAAUUUAUGCAUUUCAAAAUGGAGACUUUCAAGAACUUAAUCUCAGUCAUGUUGAUGGUCAAAUUGAAUUAUCAGAUAAAGCAGUUUUGUUAUCAAGAGAUAUAGAAAAUGAAGACACACAGUUUAUUACCAAUGGAGCUAUAAUAAUAGAAAAUAUUGAUGAUGACAAUCAAGAACGUUAUGAGAUAGUUACUGAACAAAACGAUAAAAAUUUUGUUAUGCAGAAGGAUGAUGUAAAUGCAAAUGAUUUUGUAGAAGUAGUAACAGCAUUUAAGUGUAAGAUAUGUACUUACACAACACAAGAUAGAGGAGAAUUGAUAGAGCAUUUUCAAAAAACACAUAUUAAUCCGACAGUAGAUAUAGAGGAAAAAGAAGAGUCUGUAAAUGUUGAUGAAGUAAAACUAGUUUACAUGUGUGGAGAGUGCUCUAGUUGUUUUCCUUCUUUAGAAGAUUGCAAAGAACACAUGAUAAAUGAUCAUCAACUAACUAAUACAGCUCCUGAAAAAGCAGUUAGAGAAUAUAUGACAAAUGAACUGAGAGAUCCUAAGCUACAUGUUGAGCAGAUAAAAAAUAAUUGUAAAAAUAAUCAAUUAAAACAAGAAGUAAAAGAUACUAAAUCUUUAAAUUCCGAAUGCAUACUUAACAAAAAAGCAAUUGAAUUGGCCGAAACAAAUGUAAGAUGUACAUAUCGUGGAUGUCCAUAUAAGUUUGCAACAGAAGAGAUAAUGCAGCAACAUGUUGCUUUUCAUACAGAAUCCCAAAGUGUAUCAGCAUUUAAAUGUAGUAUUUGUAGAGAUUUAAAAUUUACAAAAUGGAGACAGUGUAGUUUACAUCUGUGGAAGAAACAUGAAAUUGACGUAGGCCUUUUUACAUGUAAGAUAUGUAAAGCAUACAAAAGUGCUACAAUGGUGAAAUUGUUAACUCAUAUGAAGGUUCAUAGUGAAACUCGGGAAUAUGAAUGUUCAGAGUGUGGUAAAUGCUUUAAACAAGCAAGUCAACUACGUAAUCACCGAGUAAUGCAUUUAGAUCGAAAAACUUUAGAAGUAAAACGUUGGUAUACAUCAAAAAAAUGUGAUAUGUGUGGAAAAACUUAUGCAAAUUCUAAAUGUCUCAAAAGUCAUAUACAAGCAGUUCAUUCAAAGUUGCGUCCUUAUGUGUGCAAUGUUUGUGGUCAUUCUAGUGCUAGAAAGGCUAUGCUGCAGAUGCAUCUGCGACAGCACACAGGUGAUAAACCUUUUAGCUGUGAACUCUGUGAAUAUAGGACUGGUGAUCACAAUACGUUAAGACGUCACAUUAUGCAACAUACAGGCUUUAGACCAUACAAGUGUCCUCACUGUUCAUAUACAGCAAUUCAAAGUAGCAGUUAUAAGAAUCACUUGAAAUCAAGACAUCCUCUGUUAUCUGGUUUAUUCACAUGUGAUUCUUGUUCUUUUAAAACAGUUAAAAAAGAAAGUUAUAUACAACAUGUUCAUGAUCAUGAAAAGGGUUUAAUUAAAGCAAAUAUACAAAAGAAAGAUGAUGAAAAUGUCGAAGUAUUUCCUGGUAAUAUUGCAGCAGCACAACUGAUUUACAGUUGUUUAGGUGCCUUCUCGAAAGUUGGAGAUACAUUAGAAGCUAAUUUAAUGUCUUCCUCGACAUCUGCUGAUGGUACAUCACAAACAAUCACAAUUCAGAUACCAUCAAAACAUCUUGAAAAUUCAUUGUCAUCAAGAGAAAAUAUUAAAAGUAGUUCUGCGAUAGAGCAAGAAGAUGAAGAAACAAUGCACUGUUUUUUAAAACUACCAAGAGAGGAAGAGGAAAAUAUUGAUACUGGUGGUAUAACGAUACCAGCAGAACCGGAAAUCUCUACUUCUGCAACAAUUGAUAUUGAUUGAUAAAAGAGUGUGUAUAUAUAUAUAUAUAUAUAGUAAUAAGGAAGAAUAAAAUCUUUGUAUACUAUAAGUUAUACAGAUGCUAUAAUAGCGAAUGAAUGAAGGAAUACUAGUCAUACGUUACUUAUUAAUAAUUAUAUUUGUUUUUAUUACAUUUAUAGAAUAGUUAAUUAAUAUAGAAAAUAAUCUAAUGUGAUACUAUUUUUGGAAACAUAUAUUUGUUCCGAAUUUAUAGCAUGCUAGUACUUGUGUUAUAUACAAUUGCAUAUAUUUUUAAAAAUUCAUUAAUUUAUCAUCACAGUUAUAUGUAGUUUAUUUAGUAAUUAAUUAUGAGAUUUGACAAUUAAAUUUUAUAAUGAAAUUAUUAAUGAAUAACUCUCUCUCUCUCUAACAUAUACUGUAUGAUUUUUUUUAGAUGAUGAUUAAAUAAGUGAACGUUUUUUAAUUGUUACUUUAAGUUUUAAGUUUAAGAUCUAUGUUUCUUAUUUAAAAAUAGAAAUUGGUAUUAAAUACUACCAACUUCUAAAUUAUCUUCUAAAUUAAUUUACUGAUUUAAGCAAUAACAUAAUUUAUAUAAAUUUUAAUUUAACAUUCUUAAAUGUGUAAGAUUUUAUUUUUUUAAUUGGACAAUGUUUACAUAAAUUUAACUUAUGAAAUUCUAGAAUAUGUUUCUUAGAAAGUAUGUAAAAAAUUAGUAAUAAUAUGUAAAAGAAAUUGUAAAAUAAUAGUCUGAAAAUUGUUACAAGUGGGAUUAAAAGCAUAGUACAUUGCUUAUAUGACCAAA